UAUUGGCUUGGCGAAAUAUGAACAUUUCUCAAAGGAUGUUUAAUUGUUUCAGAUGUAUGAACUAUUCACAGUUGAAACGAAUAUUUGUUGUUAUAAUUCUUUUAGUAUUCGUCUCUGAAUCCAUUUAUUGGAAUAUUAUAGUUAGACAUAAGUAUCGCAAUUUCAACACUGAGACCGCGUGUGUGAUCCCUAAGCUCGAUCCUUUCGAUCCGUCAAUCAUGUCGUACAUCUGGAAGCCCUCACAGAUCGUCUGCGACACGCGGCCACAAAUACUGCAUACAGACGACUAUGGCAAAGUGCACUGGAACAAGAGUGCUUUGAAACGGGCGGGCCUCAGGAGCACGGACGUCUGGUGUUCGUACACGCCCAUUCAUUUACUUAACGACAUGACAAUUCGGCUUGGAAGUCCAGUGAAAUUUUCUCCACCUACAAAUCUAUCUGUGGAAUUCACACAUAUAGUGUGUAGGAAUAACAAAAACACAGAGGUUUUUGAAAAGCUGUUUUCUGUUAUAAAUAAGGAGAACCCGAGCGUAAAGCGCGGCAUGGUGCGUGCCUCUAGUCCGUCCAAGUUAAGCGUGGUGAUGCUGGGGAUCGACUCCGUCUCCCGCUCCGCCGCCAUUCGGAAGUUACCUAAAACACUCACAUACCUGAGAGAGGAACUGCACUCGUACGACUUCCGGGGAUUAAUGAAGGUCGCAGAGAACACCUAUCCAAACCUGGUUGCCCAGCAGGUGGCGCCAAGCGGGCGUGGUGAUGCGUGCAUCAAUCAGCCAUGUGACGGUCUCCCGUUCAUCUGGAAGGAUUUCUCAGCCAGCGGGUACGCCACGAUGUUUGCCGAAGACUGGGCCUAUGAGGCUACGUUCACAAAACACAGGCCAGGCUUCAGGUCCUCACCCACGGACCACUACAUGCGCAAUUUCUGGCUUGCCUUGGACGAGCAGGAGAGCGUUGGCAUUUUCAAGAACGUUCUCUACGCGCUAGAGUUCUCAAAACUGAAGGCACAGGGCUCCGAAACUGCCCGGCGGUAUUGCUACAAGGAUGCCCUCAGGUACCGGUACAUCCUUGACUAUUUGAAACAGUUUAUGAGCGCCUACACAAGCCAGAGAAGGUAUGCGUUUACUUUUGCCAACUCAAUUGCCCAUCAGGUGGACAGCUUUUUAAGCAUAGCAGAUGAUGGUUAUUAUGACAUUCUUAAAUGGCUCAAAACAAACGGGCAUUUGAACAAUACUGUGGUUAUGUUUUUCUCCGACCAUGGUUCACGUCUGGAGCGAAUUCGAAACACGCUUGUUGGCAGAGUAGAAGACAGGAUGCCACUUCUCCACUUGAUUCUACCGGACCACAUAAAACAAAAAUACCCGCUUGUAGAUAAAGUUCUGAAGCAAAAUCAGGAAAGGCUUAUUUCUCAUAAUGAUGUCUACCAAACUCUGAGUGAUAUUUUACAAGGAACAUUCAAGUCACGUAAGCUCAGCAAACCAGCCCAGGGCGGGAUAAGUCUCUUCACCGAGAUCCCGAAAGACCGGUCUUGUGCGCAGGCAGGCAUUCCGGAAAACUUUUGUGCGUGUGACGCUGUCAGACCGCUAAAUUUGACUCAGCACAUAGAUAUUGCGACAAAACUUCAAACAAAAAUGAUACGCGAAAUAAAUGAGUACACAUCAGGGUAUCCGAAGUGUUUAAAAUUCGAGAACUAUAAAUUGCUUGCAGUUAGAGCAAUAUCGAGAGGGGUACAAUAUACUCAUUCCUCUAUAAAGUGGUUUGCCACGUUGUUCAAGAUGUUCACGCCGGUGAACGACAUCACCGAACGGUACGAGGUGGCGCUGAAGACGGUGCCCGGAUGUGGAAUUUUUGAGGCCACCUACGAGGUCGCACAGAAUGACGAAGCAGUACGCAUGGGAGACAUUGUCCGCAUUAACCGUUACGGCGGGCAGGCGCACUGCAUGCCAUACUCACACCUAAAGAUAUUCUGCCUCUGUGAUGAUCAAAACAGAACAAACUCGUGUUCAAAAAUUUGA